AUGAAGGAUUACAAUGUUGAAAAACAGAAACUGAAAUUAUUAUUGUCAAAGAUUCAAGGUCGAGUUGCAAUUACAACUGAUAUGUGGACUGCUAGUAAUCAAAAUAGAGGCUACAUGACUAUAACAGCUCACUUUAUUGAUGAUUUAUGGAGGCUACAAAGUCGACUUGUGAGGUUUAUGUAUGUGCCUGCUCCUCAUACUAGUCAAGUUCUUGCUGAAUUGUUGGUUGAAUGUUUAAUGGACUGGAAUCUAGAUAGAAAAGUUUCUACUUUGACAGUUGAUAAUUGCACUACAAAUGAUGCUAUGAUUGAUCGCAUUUUAGACAAGAUUUCACCUAGGUCUCUUAUUUUGGGUGGACAAUUGUUUCACAUGCGAUGUUGUGCACAUAUAUUGAAUUUGAUUGUGAAGGAUGGUUUGUCCAUAAUUGCUAAUGUCAUUGAAAAGGUCAGAGAAAGUUCUAAUUUUUGGACAGCUACACCUAAAAGAGAAGAGAAGUUUAUAGAGACAUGUGCUCAAUUGAAUAUUCCAUUCAGAAGAAAAUUAGUUGUUGAUUGUAGAACUAGGUGGAAUUCUACAUUUUUAAUGCUUCAAGUAGCCAUACAAUACAAAGAUGUAUUUGAUCGUUUAUCACAACGAGACAGUCAAUAUAAAGUUUUGCCUAGCGCACAUGAUUGGCAAAUGGCACAUGAAAUUUGUCAAAAGUUGGAAAUAUUUUAUGAUGUGACACUAUUGUUUUCUGGUACCUCUUAUCCAACUGCCAACAUUUUCUUUCCAAAGGUGAAGAUUCUUUUUAAGGACUUGGUAAGAGAGUAUGAAAUGUACAUGAAAGGUAAGAAGUCAGUUUCUUCAUGUCAAAAUCUGAACAUAAAUGUAGGCCAAAUUGUUGAUGGAAGAAAAGAUGCUUGGAGGAGAGAUUUUGCAAAGCACCAGAUUGCAAAGAAAAAUGAACCAUCAAAUUAUAAGUUAGAACUUGAUUAUUACUUGGAGGAAUCGACACUACCUGAUUCAGAUGAAGAAUUUGAACUUUUAAUUUGGUGGAAGAGUAAUGGAUUAAAAUAUCCAAUCUUACAAAUGAUUGCAAGAGAUUUUCUAGCCAUUCCUAUCUCAACAGUUGCUUCUGAGUCUUCUUUUAGUACUGGUGGUCGAUUUCUUACUCCACAUCGGAGUAGAUUACACCCAGACACUUUAGAGGCAUUGAUGUGUGUUCAAGAUUGGCUAUGGAGUGACAUACAAGGUUCUUCAAAAUUGAAAAUGGAUAACAUGAAGCUUAAUACAAUACUAGAGGAGAUAAUUGAUGAUGAUGAAUUAAGUGGUCAAAAUGAAGAUAUGGAAGAAGAAAAAUAA